AAAAAAAGUCGGAUCGCUGCGCUGCAGUAGGGCAGUCACACACGCUAAGAACACAUGUCUUGAGGCUGUUUUCUGUGGAAAGUAAAAGCAACUGUCACGGACUGUCGUUAGCAAGGCCAUUUACAGGGGUGACAGUGUUUCCUCGACCAGUUUGCCACCUGUCUUUUAUUGCCUCGGCUGUCUGCAGUGUUAGUGAAUGACGGAGGGGGAGGGCGUUCACCCGCCAGAACAAUACGUUACCCGUGUCCUCUGCUUCCUACCUGCACUUUGCCAUGAAGAGAAAAUUCUAAAGUGAUCAUGGCAUCGCACACAGCCGCUUCCAGCAGCUUCGCUCCUAGUGUCCGUCUCCACGGUGACUCUCGCGAAGAUACCUCUCGGUUAGAACGCCAGCAGGAGGCUUGGCUGUACCGCGCGUUCACCCGCGCUCUUCUCCACAGCUUCUGGAGCUCGUCGAAUUCGACGCUUCAGCGUACUAUUCGUUGUCGCAUAAAAAGCAAAAAUAAAUUCCGGGAAAAAUGUGAAGCUCUGGGACAAUGCCUUGUGCGCGUAGGCGGCGCAGCCGCCGCGGCUGCACUGAAGCCUCUGGAACAUCCGGACUUGCUGGCUGCUGUCGUUCACGUCGGAACUCACGAGUUUUUCCACAGAUUUAUGUUCGACGGUGUCGACAGUGAUCCGUUGUAUCGCCCCCCAGACGGAGACCUGAGACGCAUGUACCCUGCCAUCCAGCCGAAACACGGACCUUGGCGUUUGUUCGCAGUGCCGUAUGUGUCUCUCCGCGAUUCCAUGAACGGCGACGCCACUGUUCACAUUUGUCUCGACAACCUGGAAAAAGAGCUUCCAGAAUCGGAGACGGAAUGGGGAAAGAGCAUCAUGCAGCAGGGUGAUGCAGCGGACGAGGUCUACCGUUCACGGUAUGCAGAGGAAAACGGAGCCGUCCCAUAUUCAGAGCUGUCUCUUGGUCAGCUUCAGGAGUUGGUCGCCCAUGGCCAAUUCUUCCUGUCAGCAGUCGAGCAGCAGCUGAGGGAUUUCUGGACUUGCGCGUCCCAUAUCAAACUGAUACUGCAGCAGCAUGCUCGGAAAGGUGUACACGUCUCAGGAACGGGUAAGGCAGGAGCCGUUCUGAACGAAGCAGAACAAGCCGGGGUAGCUGGCGAGUGGGAGCCGAACGCACAUGUGUCUGACGUCGACUGUUCGUCCGGUGUUCUUCGGAGUCUGCCUUCCGUCAACAAUCGGGGUCUGACACCCGAAGCCGUUCUGGGUCUUCGUUGCUGGAACGGACAGACGGAACGCUCUGGUUGCCAGGAUGCUGAAACAGGAGCCGCGCGCAGCGCUUCAGAAGGUUUGAAAGCCCGUGACUCACACACAGGACCGGCAGGUGACGGUGAAGUGACCCUUUCCUCCGGAAAUGAACGGAGUUUCAUCUCACAGACUCUUCCAACGAGUGAGAAUCUUCCUUCCUCUGUGCGGCAUGUGCAGUCGCACUCGUGCAGACAUGAGGUUAGCCAUUCUUCCGGUGUUCCUGGUCACCAGCGGGAAUCUGCUGAGCGUGAACUUCCACCAACGUCGCCUCCGUUCAGUCCGCAGCGCCUGAGACACCGACCGGUUGUUUCCCUGGCGGAACUCGGAGAUUUGUCGGUCUUAGAGCGGCGAAGUAGGGAUCAAAAGAGCCAGAGAGACAGACAGUGGCACAGCAAGGCACCAAUGUCUGGGGAGCUCGUCGGUGGGGACGACACUGGCGACGUGUCGCUGAAACUAGGGACCGAGCCUUCAGUGUUGUCUGUGGACUCAAGCUCGGACACUGCGGAGAAGCCAGAACUCAAAAAGAAGUCACAGCCAGCAGACGAGAAUGGUCCGGAGACAGAUGAGGUUGCAACUGAGGCGAGUAGCGACGAAUGGGCAGUCAUCGCAGGAGGCAAAGAACUGGAAGAAAUAUGUGAUGCAGUCUAUUCAGAGUCAUUGAGGCUGCAGGAACUGGUUUCAUUUUAUGAAGACUUCGCCGCAGAAUGCUUGCAACGUCAGGGUUUCGAACUCGGAGCUGCGCGUUUCCGAGAAAACGAAUUGUGACCGCGCUAAAGGGAAAACGUGCUUUCUUCAUGGGUUUUCAAACACUGUGGAAAGCGUGAUCGUGGGUCAAAUCUGUGGAGAGCUAGUCCAUUCCUUUCCUUGUCAAUGUUCUGUACAACCACUUCAGGUCAAGCGACUUUCAGAGGAUGUUCUCGACACACAUAGUGCGCUAAUAGUGUCACAGCCGUCAUCAACCAAUCAGCGACCAACAUAUCUCGUAGCGUAUUGAGACGGUCGGGGCGUCUCACAUAGUCCAGCCGUUGAGAGGGACGCUUUCAACGGCACAUGCUUCAUAUCGUAGUACCGCAAUGGCGUGUUUUCCCUGUUCGUAGAUUGAAGGAGUUCACAAUAGCGAAGAGGAUCUCGUAUCAAUGGGAUUCCGACCGUUUGAACCGCCUGCCAGAGAGAGAUUUUUUUUCUUCUAGCACCUUUUAAACACAUACCCGAUCGUUGAUAGGAAAACAUCGCAAUGACGUCCCGUACGUGGUACAGACACUGCAGAGUCGCGACCUAUGAGCAGACGUGUCCGAGCACGUCUGUUAUUAGAGAAGUAGGACGCCAGACUCGAAAUGUGGCUGUAUUUAUAUGAAAGUUCCUUAGUAGAAUGCAAGGCAAAUGACAUAUCCUGAGUGCUAACGGACUCAGUUCAUUGAGUUACCCAGGAGUCGAUAUACUAUGUCACAAAUGAAAGGCUGGUUUGCAUCCUUCAGAUUCGUGAAUACCCUCGUACCCUUUGGGGACGCUCUGCUCCCUGAGAUAUGUGACGAUCCCGUUUCUGAUUGUUUGGAAACAACAGUCUACAUCUACAGUUCUCUGCGGAACUGAACAACUCCUUUUCUAGAAGUAGUGUCAUGAAUGUUGAAAUUCAAGUAUUGUGGUGGCAGACGAUGCAGCGAGCUUUUAAGGUUGACAGAUGAAAGGGUGGAAUAAGAGGAUACACUAACUCAAGGGACAAGGAACCUGCUGAUUGAGUUGCAAUAAGAGGCGUAGUUUCGGGAAAAGGUUGUACAGGAAGCUCUACACGCAGGGUAAAUCGGAUUUACCGGGACUCAUUGACCAGUGGACCAUCGUAGCACGGUCAAAGAUGACAGCUGACGCAAGAGGGAUAAUGGGGCUUCAGUGGAAUACAUACGCGCAGGAGCGACAUUGGGGCUUGUUUCACGUUGCCGAAGUACCAUUAAUCUGUCAUAAAACAAGAGGCG